CGUGAGACCGCGACAACUGCGGAGAUCUAUUUCUGCAUCCGAACACUGCGCACACGACUUCAUUGAGCUUCCGAUUUCGCGUAGGUAUUGUGAGGAACUCGGGAAUGCAAUCGUUACUACGCAUCGUAUUGAUUUUCUGACCCUGCUUGCUCGACUACCUGCGGCGCUGUCGGGUGUGCUCGGCAAGGUGAACAGAAACCUAGGUCUUCACGAUCAUCCUGAUUUUACUUGUGCGUUUUGCCGUCCAUUCACUCUACCAAUCCUUGUUCUUGAUUGGUGGGCACCUUCACUCGCUCCUUCCACAACAUCGCAGCUCCGCAACUUCGAUUGUUAUGAGCGAAUCUCGCUCUCUCAAUCUCUACACUCGCCAUUCCCUCACUCAUCUCAAGAGUUAUCAACUUUUUCCGCAGAAUGGCGGGAAAAAUCACCUAUUCGAAGCGGCCGAACAAGCGUCGGGUACCUCAUGAUCAAGACGCAGCGCACGAGGAAGACGACAGUCGUAAGCGGAGUAAGGCAGAUGCCGAGUCAAAUGAAUCGCGACUGCCAACACCACCCCCGAGCCGAAAAGAAAGAAAGUCAUUUUCCAAGGGUCCAGUGUCCAUUCCAGAUGACGACAUGUAUCCCCCGCGCUCUGUGUUCGACAAAGUGCUUGGAAACAAACAACACCGAGCCCCCAAACCAGAUGAGAGUAGUAUUCGGGACAACCGGGAGAACUAUGUAGAGAUCAUGAAGAACGGGAAAACAUCACAACAGCAGAAUGGCUGGGCAAGGAAUGGCUCUCUGCCAACACCACCAGCGGAGGCGCAGAGGAAAGCUCAUCAACAAGCGCGAAGAGAUGAGAAUCUUGCGCGAUACAAGAGAGCUGCAAACGAGGUCGAACCGAGGGUGUUUGAAACAUCAUUGUCUAAACCUCCGACCCAGACUUCGCAGCUCUUUGAGCGGAUUAUCAAGAAUGAGCAGCCAAAAGAGCCAUAUCAGCCCAAGGCCUAUAAGGCUGAGUGUAUCGCAGCACCACGGCGGACCAUAGCUGGAGAGCGAUUAUCAAGAAGAUCAGAGCAAGCCCAGAUAUUCAUGGCGAACCAGGCCAACUCACCUCUUCUGCAACUCCCUGAGGAUGUCAGAAAUCUCAUUUAUAAGCAUGUGCUUGGUGGCAGGACCAUCAAUAUCAGCUACGAGAAUUACCGCACUACUUAUGACCCUACAAAACCCAAGAGGGCCCAGGACGUCGUACCUGUCUUCAAGUACCGAUGCACAGUAUUCGACGGUAAACGAAAUCCAUACACAGCGGUAGCAGCACAGCCCUGGCUCAAACCUCCCACAACGUUCACUUUACUCAAUGGCGUUUGCCGCCAGAUGUACGAGGAGACGGCGACUCUGCCCUAUCAGCUCAACCUGAUCGCUUUCGACUCACAUAAUAUCAUGUUCAACUUCUUGUUGUUGGAGAAACGCCUACGUCUUGAGCAGCUUGAUGCGUUGACGGAGUUUAUGCUACCGGAGACGUUGCCAGGAUCGAAUACACUAGCCUGCCUAAGGAACGUCGAGAGGGUGUUUCUCGGAGUCGCACAGGAGGGGAGGGUCAGAGGCGCGUAUCGCGUCGUCCGCACCGAGGGCGAGGAACCACGGCUAACAAAAAUCACCAAGUAGUAUGGGGGAUUUUAUGGAUUCGUGAAUGUGUAAAAAAUGGCGUUAAAGGAGUCUCGGUACGGUUGCAUAAUACCCGGUAUAGUAACGAUGUUACGACCCAACUACACGCACACGACUUCGCGGCCGAAGCCGGAAUUCAUCUUGUAGCUUAC